AUGCUGCUGGCGCCCCAGGAAAAGGCCUCCUCAAGGAAGAGGAUGGGGUCGAAUCGCUGGAAACAGUUUACCGGGAAGCCGAGUCCCAAGAUUGAUAUGUGACCAAUGUUGGUAGAAGUCUGUGUGAUGUUUACUUCAUUUUCUGCUUUGUAAAACAGUAGAAGAUUGAUUAUCCCUCACCACACCCCUUCCCUUGAGUUCUUUUUGGACCAAACAAUAUUCCUGCUAUAGCCUGCCUUUGACCCUGACAAUGUGGAAAACUGGAUUAAGGGACUGUCUGCUGUGAUGAGUGACGAUCACAGAAAACCUGUCAGGAAAUUCGGUGCCUUUGACCAGAGGAUGGAGAAAGCCUCAGGAUAUGCAGUUUCCAAAGCGUUCUCUGCUAGAAAUUCUGAUUUAUCCAGAAGGCUUUGGAGCCAUACCAUAGAUUUGGAAACACAUGAGCAAAUAGAGGAUCAUGAUGAAGUCUAUGCAGAAGCUCAGAAGCUAGUCAGUGACUGGUUAGACACCAAACUUAAGCGAGAACUCGCAAGUGAUGGUGAAGAUGAUGCUAAAGACAUGGUAUCAAAUGUUCCUUCUGUGCUGGAAGCUGGUGGGCAUUUGAAAUAUGACAAGUUUGAUGAGUUAUGUGGCUAUUUGGAGGAAGAAGAGGAAAGUACCACCGUUCAAAAAUUUAUAGACCAUCUGCUCCAUAAAGAAGUGGUGGAUUCUGGAAUGUUGGAAGGUCUUGGAAUGAAUGGAAACCAAGACAAGCCGCAGCAGAAGGAUCCUCGUCUUACCAUGGAGAUGAGACAUAAGCAGGUGAAAGAAAAUCGCCUAAGACGUGAGAAAGAACUGGAGCGCCGGAGAAUUGAAAAGACCCUGAAAAAAUCAGCCUUGUUAGAGGCUCAGUAUUUGGUGCAAGAAGAAAAGAAAAAGAAGGCUCUGGAAGCCAAGAAAGAGGAGGAGGAGAUUCAAAGGGAGAUGGUAAAGCUGAGGAGGGAGAUAAUUGAGAGGAGACGCACUGUGGAAGAAGCAUGGAAAAUAGAGAGGAAAAAGCAGGAAGAAAAUUCUCAAAAAAAUACAGAAGAAAGCAUCUUUCAGAGUGAUCAUAUUCUUCUGGAUGAAGAAAAAAUGGCAAAAGAAAGAAAGAAGAAACUGAAAGAGUUAUUAAUCCAAACUUUCAAGGAAAAUCAUCAGUGUCAAAAACGGUAUUUCUCUGCCUGGCACAAGCUGAUCCUUGAUUACAGGAUCAAGCUGGGAAAAGCUGGGACCCUGUCUGACUGGAAAUUUCAACUGAAAGUCCUGCGGGCCUGGAGAGACUACACAAGAUCCCAGAAGUUGGCGCGGGAGACUCAAGCCAUGGAAAAUCACCUUAGGGAAGAAAACAGAACUUUGUUGCUUAGAAAACAACAGCUGGCCGCUGAGUAUAACCGGAAACAAGUUCUCCGACACCGCUUUACAGAAUGGCAGCAUUGGCAUCAUGCAGAGAUGGUAAAGAGAGAGCUGGCUCGAACAAAGGAGGAAACCAGGAAGAGGAUGAAUGAGCUGCUGAAGGCAGCAUCACUAGGGAAACUCAGCACAGAUGGGUCACCUGGCAUCAGUCUACUUGAGGAGGCAGCAGCCAUGGUGGAUGCACCCGCAAGAAAUGGAGAGGUGACUGGUGGGCUGCCUUUGUGGGAAAAGCCUCCCUCAGAGAGCAGUGAUUGCCUACCCAGCUCUCACCUAGGAAGACCAACAAAGAGCAGCUUGCAUGUCCCUUUGAAUGCAUCUGACAAUAAGCAGCAUGAGACCCAGGAUGUUGAGCCGUCCCAGCAGCCUGGCAGCAACAAGAUCAGAACCACCAGCCGGAAAGCAAAAUCCAUGUGCGUGGGUCAUUUCUGCAACCGCCAUGUCCUCCAGCAACAGUUGAUUGAAAAGCAAAAGAAGAAACUUCAGGAACAACAGAAAACAAUUCUGGAGCUGAAGGAAAGCCAGCGGUUAGCAGAGGCUCGGUGGGCAGCAGAGAGGGCUGCCGCAGUCACCGAUGCACGGAGCUGCCAGCUGCCAAACCCCAGAGAAAAAGAACCUAAAAGAACCUGCCAGGUGCUUCCAAACUCGCCUGUUGCUUCUCCUGGAACUGAUGUCAGUAGAAGUGAUUCCCAAAAUCCUGCUGGAGCCAGAAGGAACCCAAGGCAGCUGAUGGCACCCCACCCCAUACUAAAAGCCAUGGAAGAGAGAGCAGUUCAGCGAGCUGAACGUAGGCGGAUCUUGGCAGAGAGGAAGAAAAAACAAGAAGAGGAGAAAUUGGCCCAGUUACAGGCCCAAGAGGAGGACCGUCAGAAGAGGGAAGCAGAAGAAAAGGAAGCUCAGCUUAAGAGAAAACGAGAAGAGAAGAGACUACAGAAAAUGAAAGAACUAGAGAAGCAGAAGAGAAUUAAGAGGAACCAACAGCUGGAAGCAGCUGCCAAAGAACAUUAUGAAAGAGUGUUGCUAAGAAAAAAAGGCCUGGAGCCUUGGAAGAGAUUGCGAACGCAGAGCAAGCAGAACGUUCAGGUGGCCGAAGAACAUCACUCUUUGGCUCUACGGAGGAAAUGCCUGCUGUCCUGGUUCCAGUAUAGUCAGCAAAGCCUGGCUACGAGGACAGCCUGCGCUGACCGACUUUACUGCCAAAUACUGCUUAGGAGAGUUCUCCGGAGCUGGCUACAGCACGUGACUGAUGUGGAGGAAGAAGUCCGAGAACUGUGUGUACAUUUUCUUCAGAAGAGGAUGUUCAGGGCCUGGUGUGACACGGUCAGGGCGGCCAAGACUGAUUCCCAGAGCAAGCUCAAGAUUGCGGUGGAGCACAGUGACAGGAGGAUUCUCUGGAUCACAUUUGAGACGUGGAAGAAGUUUGCAAACUCUAUGAAAGAAGAAAGAAGAAAAGAAGAAAGGCGAAAGCAACUCCGCAGGAAGGUAGCUGAAAUUCUCCCGGACUUCCAGAUGCUCGCGCCACUGUGACUGUCGUAGCAGCAGCAGACGCUGGCCUUUGUGUCCCAGGAGUCCUUGGGGGGACGGUGUGCACGCACGGAUAUGCCUGCUCUGUGUUCCAUCGAAUACUUCUUGGACCUGAGGGAUUAUCUGGGAAUUGUUCACUUCUUUCUUUGGUUCCUCUUGGAUUGCUAAUUCACUAAAGCAUUUAUCACAGCAGGAUCAUUCAGAAGAACAGUCUAAAGCUCAACUAUUCAAAUGCAUCCUACAUAUUUUUAGCAUCAAAGACUUUAAAGAGGACAAGUGUUUGCUUGCCUGAGUCUUUGAAGGCCUUAUGGUGUAACAUGAGUUGUUCACAAGUGUACCUUCAAGAGAAGUUAAAGGUAGUGGGUACUUAGAAGAGGCAUCACAGGUCCUCCAUGAUCUAGAAGGUCAGCAUCAGGAACAUUCUGCCAGGCCCCAUCCUUCUGUCCACCCCGGAUGGAAAAGCACAAAUCACACAGAACCCGUGCAGCUGCAGCAAAGGGCCAGCCACGGACCCUCAUUUAAGAGAAACUGUGGCACCGGAGAUCUUCCCUUCGAUGCAUCCUCGCCAGCAUGAAGGGGACUCCAGAAGCCAACGGCUCCAUCAGAAGCAGUCCAGAAGUUCGUUAAAAUGUGUGUUCGUGCUCACAGCCACGGCUUUGAGGUAACAUGCUGUCUUGUAGUCCUCAGCUCCGUUUGAUGCACGUACAGAGAUGCUGCUCUCAAAAGAAGGAUUACCUUUAAGGUGCAAAAAACUGACAAAAUACUCUCCUGUGGACUGUCUGAAACAUAUGCCAGAAAAAAAAAAAAACACUUCAUCACAAACACCAGGAUUACUGUAACAGACCCAAGUAAUCGAGAAGGGUGCCCAGUCAAACCAGAAGGCCCCUUGCAGCCCGAGUCACUACUGUUGUUUGGUAACUUGAGAAUUUCAGUUAGUAAAAUAAACCUGUGUGCUGUUCCAGAAACCACUGUCGUCUCUCACUCCCUGCAAAGGACGUGCCCAUCUGCCGCCGGCACAGCGCCCUCGUCCUUUGUCUCUGGAACACGUGUGAGGAUUUACUCAGAACUGACAAAACGCCCUCAACCAAACUUGAUUUCUUCUACAGACUCCCGGUCCCCACACAUACUUUCCUUUCAUGUGAGUAUACAGAUGUCAGCUAAAAACUCUUUAAGACCAACAGUGCGAAAGAAAACAGUACUAAAACUAAUUCAUACUUAAUCUCCAUCCAAAUCACCUUCCGCUACCCUUGCCUGUAGGACAGCACAGAACCCUGGCGACCAGUAGCACCCAGACACCAAAAACCAACUUUAGGUCAGUUCCAAGCCUGCAGAUAAGAAGGAGUUAAGUCAACAUGCCAAGGGCCCAAAUAAAUAAAGCUUACAUUUUCUCUCUCA